AUGGCCGACCUGGGCACCUACACGAAACCCCUCGCCUACCUAGGCCUCUUCAGCCUAGCCACAACCGCCUUCAAGUUCACCCGCUCCGCAACAAACUACCUCCGACCCAGCACCCUCGUGAAAACCUACAACCCAACCGGCACCAACUGGGCCCUCGUAACCGGCGCAACAGACGGAAUAGGCUUCGGUUUCGCGCAAGAGCUCUGCGCACGCGGGUUCAACGUCAUUCUACACGGUCGCAAUGCCGAGAAACUCCAACGCCGCCAACGCGAACUCCAAGCCGAAUUCCCCAAUGCGAAGCUGGGAUUCGUGGUGCGCGAUGCGCAGAACAUAACAAAUGACAUUGACGGUGUUGACGAUGAAGUUCGGCGCAUUGUCGGUGCGGAUUCAUUGACGGUGUUGAUCAAUAAUGUCGGUGGGGAGACUAGGCCUUCCACGCUGCUGAAGGAGUAUACCUUUGAAGAUGUGGAUGCGACUGUAUCGCGGAAUGCGACGUUCAUGAUUCAAAUCACGCGUGCGCUUGCGAGACAAUUGGAAGAGAAUUCCCCGGCGCUUGUUAUGAAUGUUUCUUCGGUUGCGGCGUUUGGGUUGCCUUAUAUUACUGCGUAUGGUGCGACGAAGGGCUUUGUGGAUUCGUUUACGAGGUCUUUGCGUGCCGAGUUUGGUGCUGAGGGGAAGGAUGUUAAUGUUAUGGGGUUGAGGGUUGCGGAGGUGAAGACGGCUGGGUAUGAUAUCAAGAGUACUUUGUUUGUUCCUGAGGCGAGAGUGCUGGCGGGUGCUAGUUUGAAUCGGGUUGGGUGUGGAGAUGAGAUUGUGUGGGCUUAUUUCUGGCAUUGGCUGCAGGGGUUGUCUUUUGAUAUCCUGCCACGCUGGAUGAUGCUGAAAUUUGCUGGGAUGAAACUCAAGGCUAUUAGAGCUGAUAUGACAGCGAAGGCGAAGAGUAGCUGA